AUGGACCGAGCAAUUGAGAUCUUGAGGUCCGCAAAUAUUCCAGUGUUCAGCCCUGGCGGUCCGAAAAAGGGGGAAGAGGAGUAUGAACGCUCUGUGGCAACCCCGAACCUGCUGUACCGCUUCUCGAGGCCUGACUGUGUGAUACAGCCCGAGAAUGCCGCCCAGGUGCAGGCCAUCAUCAAACAGGCGAAGUCGAGGAGGCUUAAAGUCACCAUCAAGUGUGCGGGUCAUUCGUACGCCGGACACUCGACCGCAUUCCGGGGCAUCUCGCUCGACCUGAGGAGGAUGAAGAACGUUAAGCUCGACGCAAAUUUGGAGACUGUCACAAUGGAGUCCGGCUGUCAGUGGGGCGACGUGUACAAGACGCUGAUCAAUAACAGACGCAAAGGCAACGGCCUCAUAAUCAACGGAGGGAGAUGUCCGCCCGUGGGCGUGAGUGGGUUCAUCAUGGGCGGCGGGCUUGGUCCUUUUACCAGAAGCUUCGGGAUGGGCAGUGAUACCUUGAUGGAAGCCACUGUAGUGACGGCGGACGGAGACCAGGUUACCGUCCACGAAAAUCAUCCACGGGAUUCGCGGGAAGGGAUGCUCUUCUGGGCACUCCGUGGCGCUGGGGGCGGGAACUUUGGCGUCCUGGUGAGCAUGAAGCUGAAGGUUCAGCGACCGUCGAACCGCGACGGCGUCGUGGUGGCUGGACGCUACCAAUGGUUCCCCGAUGCCGAGAACAUGGCCUCGUUGAUCCCCACCAUGAACGCCUUCUACACGACCGACUGGCCCAAGAAGAUCACGAUCGACAGCACCUGGCUGUGCGACCUCCGCCAGAACACGGGCGACGGGAUCCGGUUCCUGACGUACUUUGAUGGGAACAAGAACGAGUUCAACAACCUGAUCGACAAGCACAUUAAGCACGCCGACCUGGCAAAGCAACUGAAAAGACGCUCCCUACCGGAGGAGUCGACGCGGUUUCUGCACGAGACGCUCGUGGCCCAGUGGUCCGAAGAGACGGUGCGGUCCUUCCCGACCAACAAGACGUACAGUAUCUACAGCUCGUUCGUCUUCACCAACGACGCGACCACGAUCGAGAACCUGACGGCCAUCAUCAAGAAGGAGAUGGAGACGUUCCGGCGGCUUUACUCGGGCGAGAAGGUCGAGUUUCUCGUAACCUGGAUCCACUCCGGCGGCAAGGCCAUGGAGAAGCAACCGUCGGAGACGGCCUUCUUCUGGCGCCAGGCCGUCUACCACGCCUACGUCACGCUCGAAUGGGAGGACAAGUGGAUGGAGCGGGACAUGCGAGGCUUCCUCGGCAAGGUCAAGAAGGAACUGCGCCCCUACUCGCUCGGGAAGCAAGCCGCCUUUGUCAACUUCCCCGACGGCAUCCUCGCCAAGGGCGUGCACGAGAGGGCCUAUUUCGGCGACAACCGCCACGAGUUGCGCCGGGUCAAGGAGCUCUGGGACGAGGACAACUUCUUCGACUGGGACCAGGGCGUCCAGCUUCCCGGCCAGGCGGUCGACGAUCCCGACGCCGACGUCGACAUGUUGAACGACGAGGACUUUACGGAUUCGAUCGCACGGGAGCAGUGGAAGGUCUACGAGAGCAAACAUGUCAUGGCGGACCUCGAUGACUUGACCAAAGGGGGCUUUUGA